AUCAUUCCACUUACUGUACACAAGGGCCCUUUUUGUGUGGAGGAUCAUCAGACUCACAUGGUUUAGAGCGAGGGUUCGGCAGGACAGUGUUCAGAGGAGGACAGAACAGAGGAGUGCCUUGAACACUAAAACUACACAACCCUGUUUGUGGUCUAGGUAGGAACAGGAACUAUGGAAAACAGCAAGACAGAAGAACAAAACCAGGAAAUGGAGGAGGCCAACCUAGAGAUUUUUCAGCUGCAGUCCUUGGUGGCAGAGCUGCGUACGUUGCUCCAGGGGGUGUUACAGGACAUGGCUGCGCUGCAGCAGAGGGACAGCAGUCUGGAAGAGAGGGCUCAGGCACACCAGAGAGACCUGGAUGACAGGAUCAUGGGAAUCAGGAACUCCCUCAACACGUUUAAGGAGGACCUGAGCAGUGCUCUAACCCAGAUCAAAGAGGUUAGCAGCAGACAGAAAGAGCUACAGGAUGGCCUGGAGUUCCUCCGAUCAGAGACCGGCAGAGAGAUCCGGCCCGUUCAACAGAGAAAAAGCUCCAAAGGGGACUGCCAUGGGGAGGGCCAUGAGUGUCUCUCCAACCAGACAGAGCUCAACGUCAUCCAGCAUUACUUUGCCAGCCUGCCCAGCAUCUCUCCACACAGGACCAUAGCCUCGACACAGACCUCUAACUCAGAGCAGGAGGCAGCCGGUGGCCUGCCCCAGAGGGGUCAGUCUAAGUCUCCAGUGUGGACAGAAUCGAAAGAGAGCCGGAACGACACGGAUGCACAGAGUGCCUCAGAAAACAGUAAGAGGCAGAUGGCUGCACUGGAGCUGUUGGAGUCAGAGAGGGUGUAUGUGUCGUACCUGUCUCUCCUGUUGAAAGCCAACAUCACCUUCAACAGCACAGAGGACCUCCACACCAAAGACAAACGGCCAUUCCCCAGUUCUCUACGUUUCCUCAUCCAGCAACACCUGGAGCUGCUUCACACCCUGCAGGAGAGGGUGCUCAAGCGCCAGUGGCAGGGCAUCAUGGGAGAUGUAUUCAUGAGGCUCACCAGCAAAGAGAGUGAUUUCCUGGACUUCUAUGUGUCGUAUCUGAAGGAGCUGCCUGAAUGUCUGUCUGUGGUCAACAUGUUGACCACCACCACACUAAAAGCAGCCGGCCUGUUUGAGGGUGACAUCAACGGGGACGAGACGACACGCCCCUCUCUCCACACUCUGCUUCUCCAGCCAGUGCAAAGGAUCCCUGUGUACCUUCAGCUGCUGCAGACUCUGUUGAAGCAGACGGAUGCAGAGCACCCUGACUACUACCUGCUGCUGGUUUGUAUCCAGCAGGUCAGAGCCUUCACCACCCAGUACGCCCACCUACUGCAGCACAACAAAGAGCUGCUCCUGCACAACCGCAAAGAGCUCAAGAGGUCAACUAUGAAGCAGUUCUUCAAAAAUGUGGACUGUGGUAACGUUAUGCAAGCCAAUGAGAUGGGCUCCCCUUACCCCACCAGCAACGCAAUACUAGAGCAUGGAAACCAGGUGAAACGCAGCAAGCAGAGGCACCUGGAGCAGAUCCAGUCUAGACGCUUCCUGGACUGGGAGAGCGAGGCCCACCACUCCGACUCCCCCAUCCCAUUUUUCUCCCCUGACACCAACCCUCGCCUCAAACCCCCAGGCCUGCAGAGUAUCCCUGAGAUGGGGUCAUCAGAGCAGCUGCCCGGCAAACGGCUGACCCCGGGCUCAGCCCUGUCCGAUGCUCAAGGUGAGUUCCUUCGCCCUGGGGACCCUCCAGGCUUGGAGGGGCUGUAUGAGGAUGCGGACUCGUCCCUCCACAACGUGUCCCUGUUCGACCACUACUCCAGUGCUUCGUCCGACUCUAGUAUCGACAUCGCCUUUGUGCGUUGCCCUAAGAGCCAUCAGGCUGUUGGCGAGGUCUACAACAGAGGGGGCAGCCGGGGGAGCAGGUACAAGCAGCUGCCUGGCCGGGGUUGCGUGUCGCCGGACGAGGCCCAAAUGAUGCAAGCUCACCACCACCGCCCCCUGCAGGCCGCUCAGUGUAAGAGCAAAUCCCUGAACGGGUUGCAGCUGGACAGCACUGUGAGUGGGGACAGUGGCCACGGACAUCUGUCUGACCACCUGAGGGACCAUGGGGCCCACCAACAUGCCAAGCUAGAGAGACAGUCCAGUAAUAAAUAUCACCCACGCAGCAGCAAGGGCCAGAGCAGCAGCAACAGCCCCAUCAGCCCCCCGCAGCACAAAGCAGAGCCAGAAAGACAGAUAGCAGCCACUGACAAGGAGCUGCAUAACAACAACCACAACAAGGACUCUGGGAGCCCACCCUGGGGGGAGGAGCCAAGAUGGAAGGCUGAGGCGAAUUACCACACCCCCUUCAGUGAGAGGAGCCGGAAACAGGAGAAGGGAGGCUUCCGUAGCUCCUUCAAGAAGCUCUUCAAGAAAAAGUCGGGGGGAGGAGAGAAAGACAAGACAGACAGCCAGAACUCUAGUGAUCACGAGGCAGGCAAGACCCCAAGAGUCGCCCACCUAGGCAUCGAACGUGGGACUGCCGUGUGAAAAGUGUGACUAGAGCUUCACCAGCAGAGAAACACAUUUCUCUGAGAAAGGCUUCAAAUAGGUGCCAGUGAAAUUCUAGGGGUAUAUAGACAGUGUACAAAGCAUUAGGAACACCUGCUCUUUCCAUGACAGACUGAGCAGGUGAACGCUAUGAUCCCUUAUUGAUGUCACUUGUUAA